AUGAGCGAACUUCACCGAGAGCAGGAAAUUAUCAACCAGCUAAAGCUAAAACAUGAAGAGAUUGUUGAAAAAGCUGCCUUAGAAAGAGAAAAGGACUUGGAACUGAUUGAAAUUGAAAAACAAAAACUACGUGAACUUGAGAGGAAGCACUAUGAGACAGAGCAGUUGUUAGAAGCAUGUCUGGUGGAAGAUGAAGAUCAGCUGUUGGAGCGCUAUCAAAAGGAACAAGAAGUACUCGACAAUCAACGCAUAUACUUUGAUAAUUUGGAAUUCGAGAAACUGGAGUCGGAGUCCAAAUAUGACCAAGAGAAGGCAACAAUUAGAGAAAACAUCCUUCUCAGCCAAAAUGCUUUACUAGACAAAUACAGAGCAAGACAGAGUCGACUUCAUCAGAUUGACAAACAAAGAGAAAUGCUUCAAGAAGUGAAGGUCAAUGUUGAAACACUUGAAAAAAACAGACAGAAAUUAGUGGAAGAAUUCCGAAAGAUUAAUUUUCGUCGCCCCAAGGCUCGCCGUCGCCAUGUUCCCCAGCAGGAAAAAGCACGACUGACUCAUGUGGAAUGCAAAAUCCAAGAACUGUCACAAUUCUGCUCUGUGCCGGUCAGUGAUGAGGGCUACGACCACAGUGAGCGAUCAUCUGAUGCUGAAAGUGAGGAUAAGAUUGAUUUAGUUUCUGCUCGGAAAGCUCUAGUUGAUAACUCGGACAUCUUAAGUACACUGAUGCCUUCGGACCUGUCAAAUUCUAUCCCAAGACGGAAUGGUAAUAAACAGAUUUCUCCUGGUUUUGAUACCAGCAAAGGAUGGCACACUCUCACAGAGAAACAAAAUCAAAACCCAGUUGUUGAGCAAGAACGACGCCGAAUUGAAGAACUGAAACGACGAGCAGCUGAUGAGGGUCGUGCCCAGUGGGAAGAAAGGAAAAUGAGAGAAGCCAAUUGCAAAAGUUUCAAUUCUUUGGAAUCUGAAGAUUCAAGUAUUGCCAGCAGCUGUGAGACACCUUCAGAAAAGGAAACAAGCCUAAGUAGUGACAACGACCACCUGGAAAAACUGUCGGAGUUGGAGCGGCUCCUGGCACAGGCACAGACAGAAAAAAUGCACCUCAUUGAUGAACAGGUGAAGUUACGAGAGAAUGAAAUGUCCGCACUACAAGAGGAACGUCUGAAAAGAGAAGAGCUUGAACGAAAACUGCAGGAGGAAGCCAUGUUAAGGGAUCAGUUAGUACAACAGCAGGUACAACUUCGUGAGCGGCAAAUACAGCAGGCACGUCCUCUCACCCGAUAUCUCCCCAUCCGAAACAAAGAUUUUGACCUGCGGCAACAUAUAGAGACGGCAGGUCACCAUUUGGACUCUUGCCCAUUUGUUGUUGUCACGACAACAAGUUGCCGUGGCUACCUACAGAAAAUGGGUAACAAGUUUAAGACUUGGAACAAACGCUGGUUCCUGUUUGACCGAAUAAAGAGAUCACUGCUGUAUUACAGUGAUAAGAAUGAGGCCAAAGCCAGAGGUGGAAUCUAUUUUCAAGCCAUAGAAGAAGUUUAUGUCGACCACCUACGCACAGUAAAAAGCCCCAACCCUAAGCUGACUUUCUGUGUAAAGACAUAUGACCGCACAUACUACCUAGUGGCCCCCAGUGCUGAGGCCAUGAGGAUCUGGAUAGAUGUUAUAUUCACAGGAGCCGAGGGCUAUCAUACAUUUUAA